AUGCACAGGGAUCUAGAUGGCAUCCUGUGGGCUUUGCGUGCACUGGGUGCUCCCAAAGUCCAUCGCGUCACGUGGUGGAUGUCGAGAUACGGUGCAGCCUCAGCAAAGCGUCAGGUUGCUUACAGCAACGCAAGUGGGAUCAGAAAGCUCGACAUCGGGUGGAAGAGAUUGAACCGACCAAAGAUUAAAACCACGGUGGCUUAUGUAAAUCGUGAAGGAAAGAAGUGCUGGAAAGGAAGCAAAUUCUUGAAACAAACGGAGAUGCUUGUCUAUAUUGGUUGA